ACGGCUGGUGAGGCAGGGAUGGCUAUUGUCUCUCUGAGGUAAAGCAGGAAAGUGGUCCAAGGUGGGGUGGCAGUGGGAGAGGGCUCAGGCUGGAAAGUGACUGUAUUUUCCUGCCUGGUUGAUGUGGAGCCAGGAAGCCGAUUCCGGCUGUGGGAGAAAGGUCAGGGUCGCAUCCCCUUUCCUUUCUUCUUGAUGGAUGAAAGGCCGAUUCUUUGACAUGUGGACUCCCCAAGGUCAGGCGGAAUGUGCCCUUCCAGGAUCUGUGGGCAGGACAGUGGGCAGGGCCCCGGGGGGAGUCAAAGGAGGCCCUAGUGCAGCCCGAGCAGCAAGAUGGAUGGGGGGGCCUCCAACACUAUAAGUGGCCCUGCCAGGGCCUUCACUCUGGGCUCUGGCCAUGCUCCUCCUCGGGCUGCUGCUGCUGACCCUGCUGGCUGGUGCCCGCCUGCUGUGGGACAAGUGGAAGUUCCGCAGCCUCCACCUCCCGCCUCUAGUGCCAGGCUUCCUGCAUCUGCUGCAGCCCAACCUUCCCCUCUACCUGCUGGGUCUGACCCAGAAACUGGGGCCUGUUUACAGGCUCCGCCUUGGGCUGCGAGAUGUGGUGGUGCUGAACUCCAAGAGGACCAUCGAGGAAGCCAUGAUCAGGAAGUGGGUGGACUUCGCCGGCAGACCCCAGACAGCGUCCUAUCAGCUGGUGUCUCAGCACUUCCAGGACCUCUCCCUCGGGGACUACUCCCUGCUCUGGAAGGCUCACAAGAAGCUCACCCGCUCAGCACUGCUGCUGGGCCUCCGCAACUCCAUGGAGCCACUGGUGGAGCAGCUGACCCAGGAGUUCUGUGAGCGCAUGCGAGCCCGGGCCGGCACCCCUGUGGCCAUACAGGAGGAGUUCUCUUUCCUCACCUGCACCAUCAUCUGUCACCUCACCUUCGGAGACAAGGUCAAGGUUCUCUUGCCCUCGCUAUGCUGGUGCCCUUUCCUUAGCCCCUCCCUGACUCUCUUUGGUCCUGAACUGAAAGGAUUCCCUCUUUGGCGGGGUGGGCAGGAGGACGCCUUGGUACAUGCUGUUCAUGACUGUGUCCAAGACUUGAUGAAAACCUGGGAGCACUGGUCCAUCCAAAUUUUGGACAUCAUUCCCUUUCUCAGGUUCUUCCCCAACCCAGGCCUCUGGAGGCUGAAGCAGGCCUUGGAGAACAGGGACCACAUGGUGGAAAAGCAGCUGAAGCAGCACAAGGAGAGCAUGGUGGCAGGCCAGUGGAGGGACCUGACUGACUAUAUGCUCCAAAGACUGGGGAAGCCAACAGCAGAAGAGAGCCACGGACAGCUCCUUGAAGGACAUGUGCAUAUGUCUGUGGUGGACCUGUUCAUUGGUGGCACUGAGACCACGGCGACCACCCUCUCCUGGGCCGUGGCGUUCUUGCUUCACCACCCUGAGGUUCAGCAGCGACUGCAGGAAGAGCUGGAUCGUGAGCUGGGCCCUGAAGCUUCAGGCUCCCAAGUCCCAUACAGAGACCCCGCCCGGCUGCCCUUGCUCACGGCCACCAUCGCAGAGGUGCUGCGUCUGCGGCCGGCUGUGCCCCUGGCCUUGCCGCACCGCACCACGCGGCCCAGCAGCAUCUUGGGCUACGACAUCCCUGAGGGCAUGGUCGUCAUCCCCAACCUGCAAGGCGCCCACUUAGAUGAGACAGUCUGGGAGCGGCCCCAAGAGUUCUGGCCCGAUCGCUUCCUGGCCCCCGGCGCCAGCCCCAGAGUGCUGGCCUUCGGCUGCGGGGCACGCGUGUGCCUCGGGGAGCCACUGGCGCGCCUAGAGCUCUUCGUGGUGCUGGCGCGGCUGCUCCAGGCCUUCACGCUGCUGCCACCCGGGGGCACCCUGCCCUCCCUGCAGCCCCGGGCCCGCUGCGGCGUCAACCUCACCAUGCGGCCUUUCCAGGUGCAGCUGCAGCCCCGGGGGGCGGGGACCCUGGCGCUGGGCCAGCACCCAUGACAGGGCAGAAUGCACGCUGGUCAUACACGCGCCU